AUGGCAGUUUAUCAUAAACCUCCGCCACGUAAAUCUACACGUAGCCUACAGCUAAUUGAGCGUAUGCGAAAGUCAAUUGGACCACGUUUUUAUCCUGGUUCUGAAGAUCCUAGCCACUCAGAUGAAUCAUUCACCCUGGAUGAUUCUAGUGAUGAUGAAGAUAUUUCACAGCAAAGCACUGAUAUCAUUGAUAGGAUAAUAGAAUUCCCGCUGGAUACAAUGCCAAUCGGUAUACGGAAAAAACAAACAGAAAAGGCAGAGAGUAAAAAAAUUCUUGGAUUCGGUAUGAAAUCAUCACGUUUCCCUAAAGCAUCAAGUAAUUUGACAAUAACACCAGCCCCUGGCACCUAUGAAAAGUAUCAGGAGUACAAUGUGAAACCAAAAUUACCGAUAUGUCAGCAACCUUUUACGAAAGCCCCAAAUGUAAAUCGUCAUUUUCGUGCAGAUACUAUUUAUGUUGGACCUGGUGUAUAUGACUUUGAAAAGUUCUAUAAAAGAUCUACUGUAGUAGAAUCAAAAGGACGUUUUGAUACAAGCAAUGAAUCUAGGUGUAAACCAAUCAAAGUUGGUUAUAUGGCUAGACUGAGUGCAAUUUCACCGAAUCAAUACAGCCCAGUAGAUCCUAAUAUGUAUCCAUCAACUUUCAAUGUUAAAUCAGUGCCAUUUUUAAAGAAAGCACCAAGGAUGACUAAAAGAGAAUUCAAUAAUUACAUACAAAAUGUGGGUGAACAGAAAUGA